CCAAAAUUGCAUGCCAUAAAUCAUGGCACUGCAUAUUGUGGCAGAGAUACUGUAAAGGUCUUACUAGUUCUUCUGGAUGAAGAGGCUGUAAAUGCACCUACCCAGAACAAAGCAGAUCUGUUAUAUGGUAAUGAAAACUUGAGUUUGUGUGCAAUCACCUCUGUUCUGAAACUGUUCAGAUCUCCAGUGCAGUCCAAUGGAUCUUCUCCAAAACCUCUUCGACAACGUAUUCAGAAAUACGUGGAUGAAAAAGUAACUAAGAUGAAGCAAUCUUCAAUCAAAUCUCAGUUUGCAUGUACAUAUAAGAAUGAGUUGAGGGAAAUGCACGGUCAGCAUUCCCUCAAAAUUCUGACCUGCAAACCUCCUGCACCAAAGCAACACUUAAAAGCUGGACAUGGCACAGAAGGUACAAUUUCAUGUCUCGAUGUACCAGUGCUUGGAACUAUUUCUGAAAGUGUUCACCAGACUAGAAGUUGUACAGAAAUGGGAGAGCUGAGUUGUCAGCCAAGGAACAAGAACUCCAGGAAUGAACAGAUGGAUUUGAAUAAUGACAAAGUAAUCUGUGACAAGGAAAGUGAACCAUCUUUGCAAAAAAAUGCUAAAAGGCUUAAGACUUCAAAGAACUCUUAUAAGGAACUGGACAGCAAAACUGGUGGAAAAAGAAAACAGAGCAAAACUGCAAGUAAGAAUAAGUUGAUUGCAGGUCAGGCAAAAUUAACUCACUUUUUUCGACUGUGA